AUGACGACGGCGGACGCCCGGCUGGCAAUGCUAAUAGUAGUGUUUCUGUUCACAGCAACGGUGGCAACGGCAGCUCUCGGGGCGGAUGGCAGCGACCGCCGCAGCAGGCCGUUGACUUCCUGCUUCGUAGGGCCCGCGGUCGCUGCGGGCUCGAUCGCAACGAGAUCGGAGUCCACACCAGCAGCCAGCUCUAAGGAACAGCAGCAGCAGCAUGGGAGACCAACGACAGGCAAGGACACUUGUUCUCCGUUGGCCAGGCGGGUGCUCUUGAGACGCGCCCUUGCGAGGCCAAAGGCUCGGGCGGGGGCCGAGAGCUCGAGCCCGGCGGCGACGCGUCCUGGUUCGAGGACGGCGGCGGACGUCGGGAGCCUGUUUCGGUUGGAGGUUGCCCAGCGCAUGAAGGAGAUGAAGCUCAUGACGCAGCCCGGAGUCGGCCCCCUGGCGCCGGUAGCGGGUCCCGCCGCCGCCGCCGCUAGCCUCGCGGAGACGCUGGCCAAGAACAAGCUCGAGGGGGAUGCGGCUGCGCUGGAGCACCAGAUCUCCUUGCUCUCGGCGAGGAUCGCAAGCAUCGCGGACCACCUCAAGACCACCCCCACGGACGCGGUGUCGAGAAAAGGGCUGGUGGUGCUGGUGAAGCGACGGCGCCGCCUCCUGGAGACGCUACGACACCGGGACAACGACCGCUGGAUGGCCACGACAGCCGCCCUAGGCCUCCGGCAGCGACCGGACGCGCCGGCCACGGGCGGCGAGCAGCUCAUGCUCGCGGCGAGGAGAGAGAGGCGGCGGGAAAGGGGCCGCCGGCGCCGGCGCCGGCGCGAGGAGGGCGGCGGGAGCGGGGGCGGGGGGCGGCGGGGCCGGUGACGCGGAAGCGGAUGAUGUGCGAUAUGUGCUGUGUGCGGUUUCGUUGGUUGUCGGGAGUGCUGGCUGAAAUGGAACCAAGGUGUCGAAGACGGUGGUCUUGUGGCGGGACGUGAAAACGGCUAGCGCCCGCACCCAGCUGGGGGGCGGUGGUGACAUACAUGGAAGUAGAAGAAAUGCAGACCGGCGGACGUAUUGCCUGUGGGGGGC